AUGCCCGAGGCUGCUGGUGGUCCCUUGGUACAGACAAAGGCUGAGUCAAACAAUAAGCAACCAACAGCAGCAGCAGCUUCGACGACAACAAGUACUAGUUAUAUCACCAUAACAAACCCUCAUCAAAUACCUCCUAAUGAAGAUAUUUACACCGGUGUUUCUAAUGGAGAUGUUGAUUGGCUAUUCAGAGGUAAAUCCAAGAAGUUGGUAAAGAAAAUGGCAAGUAGUAGUGUUAAUGUUAACCCCGAGGCCAAACCAGUACAAGAGGGACUCAAUGGUAAAAAAGAGGUGGAUUUAGACCAGAAAUUUCCAGCAUCACAACAUGGACCGAAACCGCUGAAACUGGCAAAAACAAUUGUCAAUGAGCCACCAAUUAUUAAUACAAAUAAACCACCUCAUGCUCAAGCUCAGGCUCAUGCUCAAGCUCAAGCUCAUGCUCAAGCUCAUGCUCAAGCUCAUGCUCAAGCUCUAGCCCAGGCUCAAUCUCAAGCCCAAUCUCAAUCUCAAGCCCAAGCUCAAUCUCAAGCUCAAUCUCAAGCUCAAUCUCAUGCUCAAGCUCAAGCCCAAGCUCAAGCCCAAUCUCAAACCCAAGCCCAAUCUUCAGAAAAGACAUCGAAACUAGAUCGCUUAGUUGGACGCUCGAGAUCUUUGUCUGCUUCAUCUGUAAUUUCUCAAGAUAAAUUCAAACCAUCUUCACAAGAUUCACCAUCCCAAGCAUCUACAGGUAAAAGACGCAGUAGCAGCUUUAACUUUAUGGGUUCAUCUUUUACAGGAGAUGUGAUUUAUAAUGACCACGACGAACACUUACUUGCUCAAAAAUCAACUGCUUCUACUCCUGUUUCGUCAACUACAUCUUCUCCGAAUGUAUCACGAUCUAAUAGCUUAAAGAAGGGAUUAUUCAGUUCACUUUCUUCAAAAUUCAAAUCAACAAAUAACUCACAACAUCCACAAUCAACAUCCCAACAACAACAUCCACAAUCAACAUCCCAACAACAACAACAACAACAACAACAACAACAACAACAACAAUCCCAACCACAACCACAACCACAACAACAAACUCAGCAUCAUGUUCGGCAACUGUAUCCGAAUUUAAUUGGCUCUGGCACCAAUCCUUUGAAGCAUCAAGAGGAUUUAGUGGCACUGACUAAUAGGCUACCUGCUGGUUCUGGUAUCCCAAUACGAAGGAAAAGUUCAUCGAGCACAUCAAAGCUAGCGGCAGUUGGCGGUCAAAUUUUCAAAGACUCAUAUUUAGAUGGGAGCCCUCCCACAUCUGUUACACCUCCUACUAAUGAUAGUAUGAGGUUUUUCCGUAGAAAAUCUUCAGUCACACAAGCAUCAGCAGCAGCUGGUAAAGCUACAAUUCAUGAUAAACUACACCGAGUUGUAUUGAAUAAGAAUAGAAAUAGAGUUGACAUACCUUUAGAAGAAUUAAAAGAUGUUUCAAUGAAAAGAGUUGCAUUUGCAAUUAAUGAAUUAGAGUAUGAUCCACAACAACAAAUUCCACCGAGAAGACCACGAAAAGGAAAUGUUUUAAUACCACAAGAUUUAAAUGCACCUCCAUCGAGACUAUAUCAAGGGAUAGCUCUGAGCGAUCCAUCAAAAGAUAGCCAAAACCAAGCACAACAACAACAACAAUACAGUGAAAAGGAUAUAAAACUAGCUAUUGAUGCACAAAGGCGAGCAUUUGCAGAAGCCGAAAAGCAUCAACAUGAAGCCCAUUUACAAGCUAAAAGACUCGCUCUGGAAGUCGCUUCUUUUAGGCAACACAGGAGUAAAUAUAAGGGGAUAAAGGAACAACAAGAAGAGGAAGAAGAAGAAGAAGGAGGAGGAGGAGGAGGAGGAGGAGGAGGAGGAAGAGGAAGGGGAGCAGAAGAAGGAGAAGAAGAAGAAGUUGAUGCGAAAGUUUUACUGAAGAAAUUCGUUACUGAAGCUACCAUUGAUCAACCCUUGCAUAUGCAUGAACAACAUUUUGAUGAUGAACAAAAAAGUGCUACUAAUAACAAUGAUGAUGAUGGGAGUAGAGUUUUAUUGGAUACUAUUUACACCAGAUGCUGUCAUUUAAGGGAGAUUCUUCCUAUUCCUGCAACGUUGAAACAGUUGAAAAACAAAACGGCUCCUUUAGAAGUGUUGAAAAUGUUGAAUCCCAAACCGACACUAAUUGAUGUUUUAUCAUUUUCUGAUUUUAUAUCUAUCACCCCAAUCAAUGCGGUCAUUUUCGAUAACGUGACAAUGACAACAGAAAUGUUGAAAUGUUUCCUUGUGUCUUUAGUUCAUAAUAGUACAUUAGAGAAAUUAUCAUUGAGAAAUGUUGCUAUUGAUGAUCAAGGUUGGAAGUUACUUUGUUUAUUUUUAGCUGAGAACAAAACUGUUAAAAAAUUGGAUAUUUCCCAACAAAGGAUAAGGCUGGAUACUCCAGCGGAAUGUAUCAGAAGUAACUUAAACUGGAAUUUAUUUAUUCAAGUAUUGAUAUACCGUGGGGGAAUAGAAGAGUUGGUGAUAAAUGGGUGCAAGUUAUCUGACGAAGUUUUCCACAAUUUGAUUACAAAAGCAGUCAAGAUUGGUACAAGAAGAUUAGGAGUAGCCGCGAUUGAAAUGAAUAUCACCAAAGCACAAAUUGUUGCCGAUUACAUAGCUGAUCCAGAAGCCAAGUGUCUUGGUGUGGACAUUGCCUUUAAUGAUUUGAGUCAAGGACAAUUGCAACCUUUUAUUGAUGCGUUUAAUAAAAACGGUGCAAACCUUAUGUUUCUUUCGAUCAAUUCAACUAAUUUAAGCAAUGUCAAAGAAGCACGCGAUUUCCUUGAAAGUUUAACAAAUAUUAAACUGUUGAGGUUUUUAGAUAUGAGCAGUUUACCAAAGCUAUUCCCUCAUAUUAUCUCAUCAUUAGCUGAUUAUCUUCCAUUGUAUCAUUCCUUGAGGCGAUUGCAUCUAGACCUUAAUGAGCUAACACCCCAAGGGAUAGGAUCGAUUUCUAUGUUUUUACACCGGGUUCCUUACUUGGUCCACUUGUCGCUAUUAGGAAACCGGAAUAUUAAUCACUCAGCAGCAGCAACACUAUACUCUGCUGUGAAGCAAUCAAGUACAUUGUUUGCAUUAGACUUGGACUACGAUUUAGUCAGCGAUGAAUUGUCUCAGCGUAUUGCGUUUUAUUUGAUGAGAAAUAUGAACAACUCAAUGAACUCACAAUAUCAUAUGAGUUUAGAUACUAAGGACGAUGAUUUAAUGUUUGAUGGGUCGUUACUAAUGGAAACCGCAGAGAAGCUACUUGGUGAUCUAGACUAUCAAGGCAAUGAUGAGAAAGAAGUGAAUCGGGAAAUCCAACAAAUCAUAUCCAAUGCAAUGUUAGAAAGGACCCGAGCGAUUCGUGAAGAUAUUCAUAAAACUAUAGAUGUUUUGUUUGAAAAAAGAAAAAAGGGGAAGUUGUCUUUUGAUGGAAAGGAGACUUUAGUUAGAUUUUGUGUAUUGGAUUCGUCAUUGGAGAAAUUAGUUCAUAUGUUUGAAGAGCAUGCACGGAAAGUGUACGAGAAAGACGUGAAAGAUAAAAAAGAAGAAGAAGAAGAAGAAGAAAAGGAAAAGGAAAAGGAAAAGGAAAAAAGAGAAGAAGAAGAAGAAGAAGAAAAGAAGGUACUGUCAAGAUUGAAAUUGGAAGAGGAAGAACAGAGAAAAAGUUUGGCUCUUCCAGAGAUCAAAGAGCCAUUUCGACAACUUCUUAAUGAACCAGAUAUUUUACACCAUAGUUCCAAGGAGUUGAUUUCUGCAGGCCCAAUUUUAUCAGCAAGAGCAUUCAACUCACAACCAAUUACAUCAUUCUUUGCAGCGUCAUCACAUAACGAUAAUGUAAACCACUUACAACCGCAUCAAGUUGUUGUUGAAUCUAAUGAAAAGGGAGAAGAUGUAGUAAUUGAUAAAAUUACUGGACGACCGGUGUUGAUGAGAUCGAUCAGUCAGUCAAGUUUCCAUGCAAAAGAGCAAGAGAUUGAAGAAGGAGAGAUUCACAAAUUGAAUUUCUUCAUUCAACUGAGGACGAGUGGUGACAAGGAAUCAGAAUCAGAAGCAGAACUGGGAUUAGGAGCCGGAGCGGGAUCAGGAUCAAUACCAAAGAAGGAUAUACCAUUAUUAAGUUCAUUACCAUCAGGACCCGAGUUGAGAGAUGCUAUUAUUGCUGCAAAGGGAAUUGAAAAUGUAAAUGAUUUAAUUGACAAGAUCAAUAGCAACAAGGUUGGAAUUGAUAAGUUUCUACCUGUGGGAAAGGACAAACAAGAACAAACCGAGGGGAAAGGUUACGGUUUUGAAGGUGGUGACAAUGGAACAACAACAACAACAACAACAGCAGCAACAGCAACAGCAACAACUACAAAAACAGCAGCAACAACGACCGCAAAUACAGCGAAAACAACAACAGCAACAAAAGAAGAUUUUGGAUCAGUAUCUUCUGACUCACCCAAACCAAACCCCGUUGUUGACGAAAUUUACGAUAAGUUACUCAAUCAUGCGGAGAAAGUUCGAUCAAAUAAAGAGAAAUAG